AUGGCGUUCGGGCACGGAGGCCACCACGACGAGAACAAGAUCCCCGAGGGGGCCACCAUCUCGGCCGACCCGAUCGACACGAUACUAUGGAUACAUAUCUUUGUGCAGAUGCUCGCCUUCGGCGUGCUCUUCCCGCUGGGGAUGGUGCUUGGGAUCAUCAAGAGCCGUUGGCACGUCCCGUUGCAGGUCUUUAGUACGCUGCUCGCCCUCGCCGGAUACGCGCUCGGCCACCUGCACCGCGGCAGGCAAUUCGUCGAGAAGAACGUCCACGCAGUCGCCGCCACGCCUCUAUUCUUCCUCAUGGUCGGCCAGGUCGUGGCGGGCAUCUACCUGAAGCUUCACUUGGAGAAGGGAAUCCACGGACGGAUCCGACCCGUCUUCCGGCUGCUGCAUAGCAUCAACGGCAAAGCGUUCCCCAUCUAUGCCUGGGUGCAGAUGGUCUUCGGCGGCAUCACCGCUCUUGGCUUCUGCCAGGGCGACCAUCUGGGGCAGUGCCUGGCGCACUUCAUCAUGGGAGGCGCCUUUAUCGCGUACGCCGUGCUUCUGACCAUCCUCUUGCUGGUCGGUCAGCUCUGGCUCCGUCGGACCGGACGUAGCCAGGAGUUCUUCGAUAGCGCCGUCAUUGCCGCCUGGGGCUGUGUCAACACGUUCACCGAGCACCGCUGGGGCACCGCCUGGGUCAAGAACGACUGGCAGCACACGACCAUGGGCAUCAUCUGGUGGAGCGCCGGGCUGGUGGGUGUGUGGCUCAGCAAGGGCAGAGAUGGCAGACCGAAGCGCAACUUCGUCCCCGCCUUUGUCAUCUUCAUCACCGGCUGGGCCAUGUCUGCGCACCCGCAGGAUCUUAUGAUCAGCGCCAUGACCCACAAGAUGUUCGGCUACACCCUCAUGGCCGUCGGCGUCACGCGCAUCAUCGAGAUUGCCUUCGUGCUCAAAGACCAGCCCGGCCUUUCGGAGGACGGCACCGAGACCCACAGCUUCCAGUACAUUCCCGUCUUCCUCCUCUAUGCCGCAGGCUUCCUCUUCAUGGGCGCCACCGAGGAACAGAUGGCUCUCGUCGCCAACUCCGGCAUAGACGUCGUCUCCUACGUCCUGAUUCUCUACAGCCUGGCCUCCAUUCUCUUCCUGUUUGUCCUGGCCCUCAUCCAUAUCUACGACCGCGCGGCGAACUCGCUCGCAAACAAGCCCGUGGCCAACGGGCAUGCUCUGCGCGGGGGGAACGACGCUCAGCUGCGGGACGCAAACGAGUUCGAGCUUGACGGGCUGGUGAGUGACGAGGAGGACGAGGGGCGUGCGGCGAGGAGGAAGCUGCUGAGCGACGACGGGCUGGAGGACGGCCUCGACAGCCCGAGCACGGUUGGCGGGAAUACCGUUCACGUGGUAUAA